AUGAAGUUCCUCGGUCUCCUCAACCUCGCCGCUCUGGUCAGCGCCGUCCCCACUCCCACCGUCCAGGAGGUCGGCAAGACCCUCGGCAAGCGAGCUGCCAUCACUGAUGCCGCCAACAUUGGUUAUGCCACACAGAAUGGCGGAACCACCGGUGGUGCUGGCGGUUCUACAACAACCGUCUCCUCCCUAGCCGAGUUCAGCAAGGCUGCUGAGUCGGAUGGAAAGCAGGUCAUCUACGUCAAGGGCAAGAUCACCGGCAACAACAAGAUCCGUGUCAAGUCUGACAAGACCAUCGUUGGUGCUGCUGGCGCUUCGCUCGAGAACAUCGGUCUCUACAUCAACAAGCAGAAGAACGUCAUUGUUCGCAACCUUGCCAUCAAGGACGUUGUUGCUAAGAACGGUGAUGCCAUUGGCAUCCAGAAGUCCACUAACGUCUGGGUUGACCACUGUGAGCUCUCUUCCGACUUCUCCAAGGACAAGGACUUCUUCGACGGCCUCCUCGACGUCACCCACGCCUCUGACUGGGUCACCAUCUCCAACACCUACUUCCACGACCACCACAAGGCCUCUCUUGUUGGCCACUCGGACAGCAACGCCGCCGAGGACAAGGGCACUCUCCACGUCACCUACGCCAACAACCGUUGGUCCAACAUUGGUUCCCGCGCCCCCUCCGUCCGUUUCGGCUUUGUCCACGUCUUCAACAACUACUACGAGGAUAUCAGCGUCACCGGAGUCAACUCUCGCAUGGGUGCUCAGGUUCUUGUUGAGUCUACUGCCUUCGCCAACGCUAAGCGAGCUCUCAUCUCCAAGGACUCCAAGGAGACUGGCAGCAUCUCCGUCAACGAUGUUGCUCUUGGUGGCUCCACCAACGAGGCCCCCAAGGGUUCCAUCUCCAAGGCCGAUAUUCCUUACAAGUACUCUCUCGUCGGUUCCUCCAAGGUCAAGUCUGCUGUUGUUGGCGUUGCUGGCAACACUCUUAAGCUGUAA